AGCAUUUAGAGACGUGUGCGGCUGCGCAGUGACAGGCUGCUUGGGGAGCGUAGGAAGCCAGACGGGGGUGGGGAUUCGAUGGAACAUGUGACAGCGAGGAGGGGCGGAUAUUGCUUGGGAACUCAAGUGACAGUUCAGAGAUCCAAUCAUGAGAGGAAUAAUGAAGAGAGCAGUCUGGGUGGUUACUCACAUGUGCAGGACUGACACCCUAAGGAAACCGUUUAGCAAAUCACAAAGCAAACUCUUCAUUAAACCUUAUAACAUUGGGGUUUGUUGUACAACAACAAAGUGGAUUUCAACUAGCGUGACCAACUCAUUUGUGCAAAGACUACCUGUUGGCCAGAUGCUUGCUGCCCGUGUCCCAUAUGAAUUCAGCUUGCGGAGCAAUAGAGUGUGUUUACAUACAGAAUGUACGACCAGUACAAUUCCUGCACAUCGGAGUACGGACAUAUUUAAUCAGGGGAACAGAUUAUAUUCAGCUACUCCGCCAAAGCAAACAAUGCCUGUAUCAUUAGCUAAGCGACCACCGAAAUCUCCCAGGACCAAACAACCUUCUAGAACGAACCAACCACUUCUGUCAGAGACUGCGGAUCUGAUGCAGUGCACGGCCUUCGCCACUGCUGAUGAAUAUCAUCUGGGGACCUUAAGCCAUGACUUAGCAUCACAUGGGUUCUUGGAACUACCAAGCCUGCCAAGAGAUGCUUCGAAUGUGGUGCUCUUUGGAGUGGACAAUGGUGCCAAAGACACUGAUUCAGGGAUGGUCUUUUUCUUCAGGGAAGGGGCCGUUGUAUUUUGGAAUGUGGAAGAAAGAAUUAUGAAGCAUACACUUCAGAUCCUAGAACGACACGAAAUUCAGCCAUAUGAGGUUGCCUUGGUUCACUGGGAGAACGAAGAGAUAAAUUAUAACUUUAGAGAGGGACACACAAAGCUUGUAAAUGGGGAGAUAGUGUUGAAUACACAGCUGGAACUGGAAGAAGUGAUUUUAGAGAAGUUUGCCUUUUCCAAUGCCCUCUGCCUUUCUGUAAAGCUGGCAAUUUGGGAGACUACGCUUGAUACCUUUGUUGCAUCAAUUCAAUCAAUCCCAGAGAUGCUGAAAGCAAGAAAAAAAGUCAAGCUGUCUCACGAUGAUGUCAUGCAGAAAAUUGGAGAGCUUUUUGCAUUAAGACAUCGAAUAAAUCUGAGCUCAGACCUCCUAAUAACUCCAGAUUUCUACUGGGACAGGGAGAACCUUGAGCACCUAUAUGAUAAGACCUGCCAGUUUCUCAGCAUAAACCGCAGAGUGAAGGUAAUAAAUGAAAAACUUCAGCAUUGCACAGAACUGACAGACUUAAUGCGUAACCAUCUAAAUGAGAAGCACGCAUUGCGAUUAGAAUGGAUGAUUGUCAUACUGAUCACCAUUGAGGUUAUGUUUGAGCUUGCAAGAGUGUUAUUUUAAAUUAAGGAUGUCAGUUUGAAAAUGUUCAUAAAAACUCCAAAAAGCACCUGCUUAUUUUUUUCUAUGUUAUAAUGUGAUGAACAUAAUUGUGUAUGUGGGAGAGACUUAUUUUGUAAUUGUUUUAACAACAACAACAACAAAAAAAAACGAAAUCAUGGAACAAUGGUCAAUGCAA